GCAUUGCGCACGUCGCGCACACACAAAAAUACACGCGCACGGAAAAGGACGAUCGCACACCCUGUACUUUGCCACAUGUUCCUCAUUUUGCCAAGAAAAAUCAACAUUCCAAAAUAAGUUUUCAAAGGGAUACCAUGGCUAGUAACGAAGUUGAUGACGUGAAGAAGGACGCUGAAGUCAGCGGUGAAGCAGACACUGUUGACGCCAGUAAUCGGAAGAUUUACUUCGGUAAUCUUCCCUUCUCAACGACGGCCGAGCAGCUCGAGAGUUGGGUGUUGGAAGGCAUCUCUGAGCCCAACAACAAAGAUGUCAAGGGGGAGAUUGCAAUGGACGGCAUCGGACGGGCACGGGGAUUUGGGUACAUCGACGCCCCGGAAGACUUGAAGGAGGAAAUCUUGAAACUGCACGGCCAGUCUCUCGACGGCAGGAAACUGCGAGUACAAGUCGCCCGCGACGCCAGCUCAAAAGCCAGGUGGAGCGGAGACAACAAGGGCGUGCAGGGCAAUAGGAGGCGUUUCCCCCGCCCCAUUGCCAGCAAGCUGCUGGCCACGCCCUCCCACACGUACACCUUGAUUGACGUCGGCGCCAACCUGAUGCACAAGACCUUCGGCCGGGCGGGCCUGCCCAGCCGCAGUCGGACGAACGCCGUCAAGAGAGCUCGGUCCAUGGGGGUAGAAACGAUCAUCGUGACGGGCACGUCAGUUGUUUCAACGAUGAAUGCGCAGGAUCUAGUAGACGACUUUACCGGGACCUUGUUUUUCACAGCAGGUGUGCACCCGCACAGUGCCAAGAGUUGGGAUGUCACAAGCGCGGAGAAACUAGAGAAACUAGCUGAAGACCCAGCCUGCGUGGCCAUCGGCGAGACCGGUCUAGACUUCAAACGCAACUUCUCAGAACCCGAGGAGCAAGAAGAAGUGUUUGAGAAACAGGUGCAACUUGCCUGCCGUCUGAAGAAGCCUCUGUUCAUCCACGAGAGAGAAGCGCACACCAAGCUGAUGGAGAUUCUGAUGAAGUACGAGGAGCAACUCCCAGAGUGUGUCAUUCACUGCUUCACAGGCACAGAGGAGGAACUGCAGGUCUACAUUGAAAAGGGCUUCUGGAUUGGACUGACAGGCUUCAUCUGCCAGAGUGACAACAACAUCCCGCAACUUCUCAAAUCGGGCAGCCUGCCCCUGGACAGAGUCCUGCUAGAGAGCAACUCCCCCUUCAUGGAGCCCCGCCUCAACAAGGAGAUGGAGGUCUGGGACUCUCUCAAGAACAUCCUCGAGUGCCUGCCCCCCUUGGCAUCCUGGAGCCCGUUCCCCCGCAACGAGCCCGCCAAGUUGCCCGUAGUGUGUGAGAUCGUGGCCCACUAUCUCGGGCUGGAAGCCGGGGAGGUUGCCGACAAGACGUCGGAGAAUGCGCGCAAGAUCUUCGGGAUAGAAAAAGAGUAGCGACAAAGGUUCUGUUUAAGUUGCACCUUUUCAGCUUUUCCUUUUUUUUAAUUUACACGUGGAAUGUUAAGAAAUUUGCAGAAAAUAUGAAUAUUUGAAAUUGAAGGACAGCUGUUGUAAAUGUUCAUUUUAGUUUUUGUUUUUUUUAUAUUUUUUAUUCCAAGAAGUGCAUUGGAAGCUUAAAGCAAUGUUCAGUUUUAUUUGUUAUAUCUUUGUUUUCUUUCGGAUUUUUAUGGUUACUUUCUUUGAGAUGAUUUCGUUAUUCAUGUGGCAUAGCCAUGUCGUAUCUCUCUUGAUCGUUCAAAAUCAAACAAGUAGUUUCAGGGGACAUUAUUGACACAUAAUACACACAACAAAAGAGCUGACUAGUGAAGUUGCACUGACGUCUUGCUGCAUCUGUUAUGUUGCUGGAAGAAGUUUGAGAGGUUGGUUCGGAACGACAGUGAAAUGUUUUGAAUGCGUGCCGGGCGUGCCUUACACAACCGAUACAAAUUUAUCCUAGAUGUUGUUCCUGACAGGUUCGUGGGUGAUAUAAGUUGGUCCUGUUAACGCCCUCUCGCAGCGGCGGCGAUGGGUUAUCGCAGUGGCGGGUUAUCGCAUAUCAAACCAUAACAACGUCUAGCCCCUACUAAGUGGAUGUAGGACUUGUACCAAAUACUCUGUGAAAUCAUUCCGCCUGAAAUGGUAUCAGUUGGAAGAAACCAAUCAUUGAAGGUGGUUUAAGAAAGUGAGCCCGCCAUUUUUUUUUUUAUGUGCAUUAAAAACAGAAUCCAGUAACAAGACCCCAAAAUGGUGCAUAUAUGCUUUCUCUGUUAUCUCAAAAUGUAUAGUAUCCACUGAGCUGAAACUUCAAUAAAUAUGUUGUCACGCACCCUUCUUGAUAAUUUGAGCAACUUUGUUGCUUCAGAUAACAAAACAGCACAAAAGCAGAAUCUGCCGAUAUGUGUCUACACAAGUGGUGGUUUUCUGGAGGAUUUAGGGAGACUGCAAGCAAAGAGUGAAGAGAUUUUUUGUGAAAACUACCUGUCCAAUAAUAGUGUUUUUCAUUCUGCUGUGCGGGUGCGCAAGCAGAGUAUUACAGAACUGAGUUCUGAUUCUUUCGGUUCUACAAAAAUGCAUUCAGUUGCGGUAUCUACACAUAACCCCCUCCAAAAAAAAGGGACACAUUCAUUAAGUGAAUUCAGUUUAAUAUCUUCAUGGUAGAGAUACUUCUUUUCCCUUCUUUUUUUUUGAUAACCCUACGGAAGCAUAGAAAGACCACAAGCAAUACAAAUUUUCAAAAUAUGUAUCUUGGCACGGCAAAUUAAUAUCUCGCUGCAGCAUUUUAGUAUCAUAGCGCGACAAGCAAGGGAGAGAUAUUAAAUCGCAGUGGCAAGAUACUAUGUCUCUGCGGCGAGAUGGUAUGUGGCCGCAGCGUGGCGAGUUACUGUUUCCAAGCUACCCUACUGUUUCCGAGAUAGUGUCUCGCUGCGGCAAUAUAACUCGCCGCAACAAGGUCGAGAUAUUAACUCGCCGUGGCCUCUAUAUCCUUCCGUACCUGAAGAUAUUUCCAAUUCGUAAGAUUUCUUUGCUGUUUUGUUAACGUGUUUUCUUCGUGCUGUUAUAAAAUAACAGAUUUUAGUUCAUGCUCAUCCCAAAACUCAAAAAGAGUCAUUUUCUACAAAGUUGUUGCAGUUUUGGAAGAAGGAAGGAAAUAUAUAUUAAAAAAAAAUAUACAUAUAGUAAAUGAUACUUUUUUUUUCAAUACAAUGUAUAAGCAAAUCUCUGAGUGGUUGGUCUAUGCAUUAUUUUUACAGGAAAAAAAAGCAAUUUUCAAAGGUGUUCAAUGUUGGUUUGCCUGAUUAAUUGUUCUUGUAUGCAGCUGAUGUGUUCAUACACGAAGAGUUGUUAUACAGGGUGGAUAAAAAAAA